AUGCGCCCAGGUGAAACGGAGGGGCGGGGGGCGCGGGGGCAGAGGUGACCUGGGGCUCUGGACUUAGACCCAAGGGCUAGACACCGCGGGUCUGACUGGUGGGAGAGAAGACGUAAUGUGAAGGGGGUUGGCAACCAAGACGCGGGACCCCACUUGCAGUACCCCCCGCCUGCGGCCGGCGUCGCCCACCCGCAGCCGCCGGCCGGGCAAUGGCACCACCUAGCGGACGGCACCAGAGCGGCCCGCGGGGGCGGUGCGGGGACCCCCGCCUCGAGGAGGCGCUCGUGCCGGGCGGAGGUGGCGCUUCAGCACCGUCGUGGGCCGGACAGCGCCUCCCGCCCCCGGCCCUCGAAACCUGGCUUUGGAGCCCAGCCGUAGGGACCGGACGGAAGACACCGAAGGAACGGCGAACCUCCCCGGACCGCUCCUGACAGUUCCCGGGUGGCCUUCGGCCUGCAAAGUCGGAAUUUGCACACCCUCCGCUCGUCCUUCCCUGAGCCCUUCUGCCCUCCUUGCCCAGCCCGGGCGGUGGGGACUAAGCAGCGCGGGGCUGCAGAGGGGCGGUCACAAGUGUGACCAUUCGCACUGCACUCCAGCCGCCGGCUCCUCAGGCUUUACUGGAGAGAAGCCCCGUGGAGGGCUAGGGGCAAAAGAGAGGCCUUCUGCAUCUCCAGCAACCUGCGGGCUGAGCUCCCAGACCCGGCGUCGGGCGCCCGGGAGCUCUUCGCCGCCCGCUCGCGGUCGCAGAAGCUGCCCCAGCGCUCGCAUGGCCCCAAGGACUUUCUGCCCGACGGCUCGGCAGCUCAGGCCGAGCGGCUGCGCCGGUGCCGGGAAGAGCUCUGGCAGCUGCUGGCAGAGCAGCGCGUGGAGCGCCUGUGAGAGGGGCGGGCCCAGGGGUAAGGGAAGCGGGGGCGAGGCGGGCCGCGGGGCCUCCGGAAUGGACUGACGCAGACCCUUCCCCACUCCUCGCCAGGGGCAGCUUGGUGGCUGCCGAGUGGAGGCCAGAAGAGGGCUUCGUGGAGUUGAAGUCUCCCGCGGGCAAAUUCUGGCAGACCAUGGGCUUCUCAGAGCAGGGCCGGCAGCGGCUUCACCCGGAAGAGGCCUUGUAUCUUCUGGAGUGUGGCUCCAUCCACCUCUUCCACCAAGACCUGCCACUGUCUAUCCAGGAAGCUUACCAGCUGCUGCUGACCGACCACACUGUGACCUUCCUGCAGUACCAGGUCUUCAGCCACCUGAAGAGGUUGGGUUAUGUGGUUCGACGAUUCCAACCAAGCUCUGUCCUGUCCCCGUAUGAGAGGCAGCUUAACCUGGAUGCCAGCGUGCAGCACUUGGAGGAUGGAGAUGGCAAGAGAAAGAGGAGCAGCUCCAGCCCUCGGUCCAUUAAUAAGAAGGCCAAGGCCCUGGACAACUCCCUGCAACCCAAGAGUCUGGCAGCCUCCAGCCCACCUCCCUGCAGCCAGCCCAGCCAAUGCCCAGAGGAGAAACCCCAGGAGUCAAGCCCCAUGAAGGGCCCAGGGGGCCCCUUUCAGCUUCUGGGGUCCCUGGGCCCCAGCCCUGGCCCGGCCAGGGAGGGGGUGGGGUGCAGCUGGGAGAGUGGCAGAGCCGAGAACGGAGUCACGGGGGCCGGUAAGCGGCGCUGGAACUUCGAGCAGAUCUCCUUCCCCAACAUGGCUUCAGACAGCCGCCACACCCUCCUGCGCGCCCCAGCCCCAGAGCUGCUCCCGGCCAACGUGGCUGGGCGGGAGACAGACGCUGAGUCCUGGUGUCAGAAGCUGAACCAGCGCAAGGAGAAGCUCUCCAGGCGGGAACGGGAGCACCACGCGGAGGCCGCGCGGUUCCAGGAAGACGUCAACGCCGAUCCCGAGGUGCAGCGCUGCUCCAGCUGGCGGGAGUACAAGGAGCUGCUGCAGCGGCGGCACGUGCAGAGGAGCCAGCGCCGGGCCCCUCACCUGUGGGGCCAGCCCGUCACCCCCCUGCUGAGUCCUGGCCAGGCCAGCUCCCCAGCCGUGGUCCUUCAGCAUAUCUCUGUGCUGCAGACAACACACCUUCCUGAUGGAGGUGCCCGGCUGUUGGAGAAGUCUGGGGGCUUGGAAAUCAUCUUUGAUGUUUACCAGGCCGACGCUGUGGCCACAUUCCGAAAGAAUAACCCUGGCAAACCCUAUGCCCGGAUGUGCAUUAGUGGAUUUGAUGAGCCUGUCCCAGACCUCUGCAGCCUCAAGCGGUUGUCUUACCAGAGUGGGGAUGUCCCUCUGAUCUUUGCCCUGGUGGAUCAUGGUGACAUCUCCUUCUACAGCUUCAGGGACUUCACGUUGCCCCAGGAUGUGGGGCACUGACCUCACAGCUCUGCAGAGGAUGGAGCUUGCUCCGGGGGACCGGGACUGUCUGUUCUCAGGGACCAUCUCGGCUGCCUCCCGUACCCAGACUCUAACCUGUAGCUUCAGAGGCCAGUCUGGGCCUUGGCCCUGGGUGUCUGAUACUCACAGAGUGAAACUGUGACCUUCUCCCUUCCCUGCUGCCUUGCAGUGACCCCUCUGGAACUCAGGACUCGAUUUUAAGGACCCAGGAGGUGGGGCAGAAGAGAGGACUGUGUGCCUUUAACGAGAGGGUGCCUGCUUCGUGCUAUAAAGCCAAAGCCAUUAAAAAUAGAUUUCUUUUC